AUGUUCAAUUCUGCAAAAGGUCGGAUUCCGGUGAUAGAAGAUGUGGCUUCGACCUCUACAAAUUACUCGACUUUUCAGGCGUUUGAAGAUCUACAUCGUGAAGAUAUCAGCAGUGAUGAAAGCGACAAAACUGGGGUAUGUCUACGAAACUCUUGACAGAUUUUUGUUUUUAGUCUGACAUUGAAAUAACUGGGGAGAUUGUUCGCACAAAGAAGCAAAAGAAAGAGAAGAAACACAAGAAGAACAAGAAACAGACAAAGGUACCACAAUAUUAACAUAAAUUGCUUUAACUUCUCAUAACAACCUGAACCUUGUUUAUGUCAAUUUUAGGAACGAAAAAGGAAAAGACGAUCGUCUUCUUCAUCGGAUAUUAUUGAAUGUCCUCCGGCAAAAGUUAGGGAUGUGGAAGAGGAACGAGUAAGUUAAAGUUGUUUUAGGAUAGUUUUUGCAAUCAGUUGAAUAGGUUUUUGGAGAGGUCUUUUCUUAGACUGUAAGUAAGUAUGUGAAAUGUUUUUUUUUUCAUUUCAGGUAGAUAACUACACUUUUACUCAAAACGUAAAGAAGUAUGGGCUGCCAGUAUCAUCACAAGCUUUUAUUUCUUUGAAGCAUCCUCGCUCAGUUAUUGACAAUCUUUAUCCAGGGCAAUAUUACGAUAACUCCGACCGGUAUUUUAGUUCUAAGGUGACGGGAAACACGGUCAGUGUGGCUACAGAACGAGUUUUUACUCCGAGACUUUAUGAUUACAGUGCCACUUAUAUACCUUUGUCUACUACACCUGCAGAUGAGGAAACGUGGAGAGUAAGUGUUAAAUAAGUUAGAAGCUUUCUUAUUUUGAAUACCUUUUCAAUGUUCUUGGUAAUUCUGUUGUUCUAGAGCGAAGUCUUGAAAGAUUUUCAAAGUGAUAUGAGUUCGGAAGAGUUUGAUGCCUUGAUGGAGAGCAAGAUGGUGGGAUACGACAAUCUGUCUCCAGAUGAGCAGCGAAUGUUGGUACGAGCAUCGUUGAAGAAAGAUGAAAGAAGUAGAAAGGCUUGGGAAAGGUUUCUUGAGUUUGAGGUAGGUAUAAGUUGAUAACGACUGGGAACGGGUAAAAAUAUACUUUAUGACAUCUUCUACAGUACACAUCUAGAGUUCUAUGAUGAAAAGUUUUUUACUGGUUUUUUAUAGGAAAAGCUUAUUACGGAGCGAAUAAAGAAUUCGGCUGGCUCUUCAGCUGUUAUGAUGAUUCCACACUACGAAAGGAAGGUGGAGAUUCUGAAGGAAGCCAUCUCCAAAGUGAGGAAGCCUGACAAAUUGUACUUCAACUUGUUACUCUUGGAGACCACGGUAAAAUGGAAGGGAAUCAACGACGAAUCAGUAACGACCCUUUGGAACAAGGUUGGUUUAAUGUUGGAAACAAGAGUAUUAUGUGCUUAAGUUAAAAGAAUAAUGUUUUUAAGAAGUAUUUAUGUUUUAAUUUUAGUUUAAAUGUUUUAGAUUCAAUCGCUCAAUCCAAACGAGCCUGAUGUGUCUAGAUUCAUGAUUAAAAGAAAUAUCAACCACCUUUCAACUUUUCUUUACAAAAUGGGUGUAAGUAUAAUAUUGUACUUUUUUUGGGUAUCAUUACAUAGUUAGUAUAAUUAACGUAAUACACUUAUUGUUUUCAGUUGUCGGCAUACGAAAAAAUGUUUUACCAGAUGAUGAACAUAUAUAGUGGGUCCUUCGUAUCUCAUCGUCCAGUAGCUUCAACGGCCAGCUUCAUAUUAGAAUUGAUGAACAACAGGUGUCGUUUCUUGAUUGAAUCUGGCUAUGUUCACCUUGCGGUGGCCUCGUUACAAUGUGCCUUGGAGUUUUUGUGUUUCUGUCCAGCAAGGUUACAGAACAUCAAGGAUAAGAUCGCUGCGUUUUCAAAGUUCUGGAAGAGUGGGGCGCCCAGAAUUGGAGACAGUAAUGCUAAGGGUAAGUUUGUUUUAAGAUUAAGGGCAUACAAUUAUACAAUAAUGUUCUUAUUGACACGUUGAUUAUAGGUUGGAAAGACACUAAACUGGAGGAGAUCGACCUUAAGAUGUAUAUGAGUGAAGAAAAGCUUUCGACCAACAUGGAGUACGAAGAAUUGACUAGGAAAGAGAGGGGAAUUAUUGGAGCUGUUAACAUUGACCGGUCGUCUGGCUUGAGUUUCUUUUGGCAUGAGUUCGAGAAGACUAGGAUGAGUUACUUCUGGAGACCGUUGAGAGUACCAAAUGCCGCUCGAGAGUUUGAGGUAAGGCAACAUAUUGUUAGUUCAUUCUUUUAGGGAGAGUUUCGUUUUGUUUCCUUCGAUGAAAUUGCCAUUUUGCUACGAGAUUAUGGCGAUCUCAAUGUGGAGGAGAUUGUGUUUUCAUUGCUACGAGUGUUUGGAGUUAUCGAUCCAUUGGGGGAAGAGGACACUCAACAGAAUGCGUUCUACAAUUACCUACCACAGAUGAAAUUUACCCGAUUGUUGCCAGAUGAAAACUUUUCAGAGUUCGUGAGCAAUCUCUUGAUUCUACUGGCUAAGUCGCCUCAUGUAGAUACUACAAGGUGUCUGGUAGCUCUAGUUAAAACUACAGAACGCAGAUUGUUGCAAACAGAAACGAUAACAACAGAAGCGAUAAAGGUUAUCAAGGAAUUACACAAGAAGCUGCCCACCAUCUCCCAGAUCUCCUCUCACAUUGCAUUUUUCCACAUUUUGGACGCUUUGGCCGCUUUCUCCCAUUUGCCAAGUCAAUAUGCUGGGGUUACAUUGGCAGAGUAUGACAAAGACGAAGCUCACGUUAAACGGAAGAAGAAUGUCAUCACUAGUUUUCUGACAUAUCUCAAUCAGAACCCUUUUUCCAUGGCCAAAGAUGUGCAACAACAACUGAUACUCGAGGCUGUCUUCAGGUGUUGCGUCAAGUUGCCGUCGCGGAACUCAAAAGGGAAUUCUGAAAUCAACCGACUGAGAUUGUUGACUUUUUUGGUUUUAGGAAAGAUAAAACACUUUUUGGAUGUGGUGAGUAGUUUUGUUCGACAUUAUUAUACUUAGCGUGUUUAUGUUAUCUAUUAUAUUAUAAUCCUUUUAAUUCCAGAAGACUGUGUUGACAAAAAGUGACAUUCAAAAGGCGACGGAAAUCUGGAACACUAAUUUCAAAUCUUUUAUGGAGGUUGAAGCGGAAAGCCAGGAAAAGUGCCUUGACAAUGUCUCGACCAUCUUCUUCAAGUUGUUCAAUAUCUUCGCGUACGAAUCGACUGGUGAAUGUUUGUUUGCCAAUUCAGCGUACGAUGAGUUUUCUACCAAUGAUGUUCAUCGUGUCAAUUUUCGACUAGAUUUCACUAAAGAACUGAUGGAGAACAACUUAAUUGAUCUGAAGAUGUACACUCUUAUGGUGGAGAACGCCAUGAAACAAUACUCGACGGACUUGCAUGUUCAGAAACACUUUAUGGCAGUGUUGUCCUACAAAAGCUGUCAUACUCUCGGUUUGAUCAAGUUCGAGUAUAAAGGUGUGUUUUGUGUCAUUUCUAACAUAUGCUGUUUGUGAAAGAAUUUUAAUCUUUAGUUGAUAGGUGCUCUUCAUAUAAAAAUUUGUUAAUUAUAAUAAAAACCAAAUAUCUUGCCUAUAUUUAGACAUCACGUUGAGGAAUCAAAUGGUGUUGUGCAGGAUUGCGGCGGUACAAAAGAAGAUACUCAACAUCAAAGAUACGCCCGACACCAGACCUAUCGUCGAUGCGUAUAAGAAAUGGCUACGGACAUUCAUUCAAGAAUCUCUGGAGAUGCUUACUGAUACCAUCGUGCCAGAAACCUUUAUUUGGAGAUAUUUGAUUGCUAUUGAGCUUGAAAGGAAACAAUAUUUGGCUGCUGAGAGGGUACGUUUUGACCAUUUCUGAAAUUUAUUUAAAAUUGUUUUUAUAAAUUAAAAAUUUGACAUUUAAAAUGAAAUAUUUAUACUCUGAAUAUUGCAGUUGUACACGGAAUCAAUGAUAAACUGUCCGUACGGAAAGAGCCUUGUCAUGUUUGCUACACAGAAUGUUCAUGCUCCAGACAAGUUGGUACUGACGAAUCAGAACCUGGCAGAGAAGACUCAUAUAACGCUACACACAUUACCUGAAGAAGCUCAGAUCGCGAGGGAUGAAAUGAUGAGAAGACCUCAUUAA